AUGGUGGGGGCCAUGACGCGCAGCUUCAUCAAGGCGGUGGAAUGCGAGCCGCGGGGUCACCUCGGCCGCCGCUUCACCUCCAUGAAAGCCAUCAUGACCAACGCCGGUGGUCGCAACCAGUGCGAGGGUCCUAUCGCGCGCGCGCCCGCACGCAAGGUCGCAAACUUCAGCCGCGUCACGGUGAGGCUCGCCAUCGCGAUCUCGAUGAGCUAA